CAUCUUCUGGAAGAUUACUUGCAAAUCCCCCUCUACAUGUUCACUACAUGUAUGUUGUCAUAGCUCUUUCUCCUAAAAAGGAGAGCAUCCUAACCAGUCUUGCACAUUUGUAGAGGAUGCUCCUAGCUCUCUGAAUUUAGAACAGAGAGGAAAGGACUGGGCCUCUUUACAGCACUUGCACAUACCAACAGCAUCUCACUAGAAACAUCCCUUCCUAGGAAGGCAGGACCCCAUUUUCCUGGCAGAGAUGAGGCUGCUGGCUGUCAGCGAGUCCUUUCUGUUUUCUUCCAUGUGACCAACUGCUGCCAGGCUCCCCUCUGGCUCUGCUUCACAAAUGGGAAGGAGCACUGGGACAGUGUUGUAAAGCAAGCGCUUUAUUCCAUCCCCAUCCAGCCUCACAAGUGCUGCCUUCUGUCUCAGCUGUGAGACAUGUCACAGGAUCUCUGUAUGUCAUUUCUGACAUGUUGUGCUUCACCUAAGGGAAUGGCUUCAUGUCUCCAUGGACAAGCCUCUCAAGCACUUUCUGGUGUUCCUCGGGAACAUAUAAAAACCAUGUUUGGGAGGCCAAGGAGAAACAAAACAUUGACAACAUGCAUCCAAACUCAGGCACAGGCCUUUAAAGUCAUUAGAAAUAUCAGUCACCUUUUCUAUUUUAGGCAUGGUUGUAAAGAUGACAGAGUUAGUGUCCUCUUGGCGGUGCUGGAUCCUUACCAAGGGCAAAUGGCAACAAAACUUGGAGGGCACAGAACCUGGCUGAGGACAAGGCUUAAGUCUUCUCUCUCACAGGAUCACAGAUUGUAGCAAUGGAACAGGUCUCAGAAGCAGUUGGCAAGUUUACAGUUGAUCUUUUCAACAAGCUGAAUGAGACCAAUAAGGACAAAAACAUUUUCUUUUCCCCCUGGAGUAUAUCAUCUGCUCUGGCCCUGACAUUCCUGGGUGCAAAAGGCAAUACAGCAAGAGAGAUAGCAGAGGUUCUUCAUUUCACUAAAGCUGCGGGAGCUGAUGGGUCAUCUUCUGUGGCCAGACCUUCUCGGGGGAGACCAAAAAGAAGAAGAAUGGACCCUGAGCAUGAGCAAGCUGAAAAUAUCCACUCUGGCUUCAAAGAGCUCCUGGCUGCCAUGAAUAAACCCAGAAACACCUACUCACUGAGAAGUGCCAACCGUGUCUAUGUGGAAAAAACCUACCCAUUGCUGCCUACAUACAUACAGCUCAGCAAGAAGUACUACAAGGCAGAGCCACAAAAGGUUAACUUUAAAACAGCAUCAGAACAAUCCAGGAAGGAAAUCAACACCUGGGUGGAAAAGGAAACUGAGGGUAAAAUCAAGAAUUUGCUGAGUUCACAAGAUGUGACAAGCCACACCAAGCUGAUCCUGGUAAAUGCCAUUUACUUCAAGGCAGAAUGGGAAGAGAAAUUUAACGCGCAAACAACGAAUACGCAACCCUUCCGACUGAGCAAGAACAAGUCUAAGCCUGUGAAGAUGAUGCAUAUGAAACAUGUAUUUCCAGUUCUUAUCAUGGAAACAAUGAACUUCAAAAUGAUUGAGCUACCGUAUGUGAAACGUGAACUCAGUAUGUUCAUUCUACUUCCCGAUGACAUCAAAGAUGGUACUACAGGUCUUGAACAGCUAGAAAGAGAACUGACAUACGAGAAGCUGUCUGAAUGGGCUGAUUCAAAGAAGAUGACAAAAACUCUUGUGGAUCUGCACCUGCCUAAGUUCAAACUGGAGGAAAAAUACAACCUCAGUGAUAAUCUGAUCAGUAUGGGAAUGCACACUGCCUUCACCAACAACGCUGAUUUCAGCGGAAUGGGUGAUAAGAAGGAUUUGGCUAUCUCCAGAGUUAUUCACCAGUCUUUUGUUGCAGUUGAUGAGGAAGGCACUGAGGCAGCUGCUGCUACUGCUGUAGUUAUCGUAUACACAACUGCAAUUAUCAACCACGCUCUGACAUUCAGGGCUGAUCACCCUUUCCACUUCUUCAUCAGACACAACAAAUCCAAGAGCAUCCUCUUUUUUGGCAGAUUCUGCUCCCCGUAGAAUGAGUUAUUCCUUGCUCCCAGACAUCAUCUAAAGUUCACUUAUCAAAAGAAACAUGUGAACUGCAGCAUUCAAAGCUCGGCCUUAAGCCAUAUAGCCAUAGGUACUGAAAGUAUAUAUCCUUUUUCUUUCCACACACCACCAAGUAAGGCAGCACCCAGAGACCACCCUGUGCCUCAAAGAUUGUCAUUCUGCAGUUGCUUUCCAUUGUGCUAAUGAGACAGCUUUUCACAGAAAGCAGAACGCUGAAUUUUGCUCCCUUGCAUCAAACCUGCUUUUCUGGCUUUGUUGUUCAAGAGUAAGGAGGAGUCAUAAAGGCUUUUUGCACGCAGCCCAUCAUCUAGCCCCAUGCCUGGUGCUGACUUCAAGGGAAACGCAGCCUAUACUUUUAGACCUCUCAGAGAGGAAAAAAUUCCAUAAGGAAGAGAAAAAAAAAAUAAUGUAGAAAUCUAUAUACUCUAUUUCCUUACUGGGAAACCUGCAUUUGCAUUACAAUAUAGUUUCCUUAUCUUCACUAUUUUAAAGAUCGUUGGAAGUUAAUUAAAUACUUAAUACAGACCCAAAUUCAUCUCAAAAUGCCCCUUAUCUCCCCAUCUCACUGCAUACACACAGGUACAUCACACGCAUUCUCUAUAUUGCCCUUGCAGCUUCAUGAAAAAAGGGGGCAGUGAGGGAAAAUGGUCCAGCCUUUAACAUUUAAUUGCCCACUGCUGUUCAUUUUGCAGUAUGUCCUAAUUUCCCUAAACUUUCAAGGAUAAGGUUGCUAAGAGUUCCAGCCAGCAUAAAGGCUAAGAAAAAUACAAGCAACAUGUCUUCUUGCUACCUCUUAUUGAUAUGUAAUCAAAAAACUCCAGAAUUCAAAUCUGCUUCCUCUUUUUAAUUUAAUGUAAUUAUACCUGUUUUCUUGGUAAUACCUGCACAGUUUCCUGAUAUCAGAUAUCAUGCAUUGAUAAAUGUACGAUUUGUAAGUUAAGAGUGCAUUUCAGCCAAGAUAGUUCUGGUUCUGAGAGAAACACCAGUGAGAAUUUGAUUGAUGCUUUACUUCAUAAUUUUGCCAUGAUCUGCAUUUAAUCAAUAAAUGAACUCGGAGUUGUGUUUGUGCUACUCACGGUACUGACUUACCCGGUUCUCUUAGAGCAUCCUUUACAAUGCACAGCUGACACACAUUUCCACCCAUUCUGUUCUAAACCAACCACCACAUCACCCCAAAAGAUAAAGCUGGGUCACUCUAAUACACCAGUGUCUUA